AUGAUACACUACUCACAUGAAGACUUUCAAGGUGGUCGCCAAGGGAUCAACCAGACGUUUGAGCGUUUACGUUCAGAGUUCUACAGGAUUGGGAUGUACACCGAUGUACAGAAGUUUCCAAGGGGCGACCACCGGUCCUCGGUCCGUCACCUGGAAAUUUCGAACCGAGAUAUUCGUUCGAGGUGGUCUCUAUGGAUUUCGUCACUGAGCUACCUGAGUCCGAUCGUGGAAAUACCUACUUGUUGUUGUUCCAAGAAUAUCUACUUGUUGCUGUUCCAAGAUCAAUUCUCAAGAUACGUCAUGUGUAAACCCAUGCAGAAUACCGAAGCCCAAGAUGUUGCUGAGGCAUAUGAAGAGAGCGUAUUCAGAAGAUUUGGGGCGGGUUCAAUGAUCAGACAUGACCAGGAGCCUCGCUUCAUGAGCAAGGUCUUCGCUAGAUUCAGAGACCUUCUGAAAAGUAAGCAACGUGCGACGCUAGGAUACCGUCCUCCGGCCAAUGGGCAGCAAGAACGCUCAGUCCAAACUGUGAUGCGAAGCGUCAGAGCGUAUGUCACUGAAGUUGACCAUAGUGACUGGGACGAGCAUGCAGAACGUCUCGUGUUUGCUCGGAAUAGCUCGUUCGACGUUGCAAGAUUGGACACUCCGUUCUACCUGGUCCACGGGUGGGACGCCAGGGAACCAUAUCCGCCAUGCUGGGCCCGAAGCCAUCCACAGUUCAAGAACGAACGGCUCUGGGGUGGCGUCGGAAGUUAUGCUCUUGCGUGCGCUGAAGACUUGCAAAAGAAGGCAAAGCGUGUGAGAUCUGCUGUACAGACCCGUAAGUGGAGAGCACCCUCAGAUCGUGUAAAGGCAGGUUUCGAGGACGGUGAUUCUGUAUGGUUGUAUAUUCCCAAAGUCCGCACAGAAUUGAGCCGCAAGCUGGCUCACCUGUGGCAGGGUCCCUUCCGAAUCGACGAAAUUCAUGAUGACUUCAGAAUCAAGCUCAAGAUCCCAGGCACAGGCUACUGUGUGAACCCCCGCCUCAAACCGAGAGCUCUGUUUCCUAAGCGACCGACUUCAGAGAUACAAGUCUCGGAAGAGAAUGAUUUUGACGCAGCUUUGCUACCCAAAGAUAGUUGGGAACCAGGCACUGCCCAGGAUGAGUACGAGGUUGAAGAGAUCCUAGAUCGCCGGCGGAUUAAACGUACUAGGACCUCCAAGCGUUCUCGAGAAUAUCUGAUCAUGUGCAAAGGAUUUACGAACCCAGAGAGGAUACCUCUAGCCCAACUUAAUUGUGGGGCAUUGCUAUACGAGUUCGACCAGGGUGCUAAGGCGAGACCGCGUUUCCAAGCUAUGCAAGCUGGAGACGUUCAUCCUAAGAACUAA